CCACGGUCUCUGGCGCACAAACGGAGCUUUACCGAGGUAUGUCAAACCGAGUGGCCUGAAGUAAAGUUCAGCUCUGCUUAUCUGUCAGGACCUGAAGCAGACGCGGGAAAUCGAAGCGUGAAUCCGUCCCUCUGAGUGGGGCUGGGGGGGGGAGUCCUGCAGACUUUGCCGUGUAGCUGUUUGCAGCAGAGGCACUAAGGGAGCAGACGGUCAUUAAUCAGAAUUUUCCAUCAACCCCACUUUUAAAAGUGCAAACAUGCGUCCUACUCGUAGAAAGAAUUUGCAGCCUUCGAUCAGGAUGAAUCUAAGAAGCUUCCGAAACACACCCUUGGUACCGAUGGAAACCUCCUCCUCUUCAGAUGACAGCUGUGACAGUUUCGGUUCUGAUAAUUUUGCAAACACAAAGAAAAGUUUGAAACCUGGCAGUGUCCCAGUGAAGGUGUCUAAAAUUCUUAACACGGACUCAGAUGAGGAGUCUUUCCGUGGAUUUGAAGAGACUGAAUUCAGUGAUGUUAUGGGCGCUAUGAAAGUGGACUCUGAAGAAGAACCCUCAGCACAGUCAAAGAGGCGGAGAGGAUCAAAACCUCUGAAAGUGGCCAUGAAAUUUCCCACAAGGAAUUUACGAAAGAAUGGACCUGCAAAACCCAUCCCUCCACAACGAGAGGAUUCUCUUUCCGACUCCGACUCGGAUGAGGAGAAAGGCCCGAAUUUAAUGGAAAAGAGAGCGAUCAAUAUCAAGGAGAACAAAGCUAUGCUUGCGAAGUUAAUGUCUGAGCUGAAGACGGUGUCGGGCAUUUUCCCCAAGAGGAUGUUGCUGCCUUCAGCAAACUCCCCCAGACGGCUGUCCCGCCGACUGGUCCCCAAGUCCUUCCCCGAGCGCAGGUCUCCACCACACACCCGCUCGCGCUCCCUGGUCGACGGCCCACCCAGCCCCGCUCCGGAGGACGACCUGGAGGAUAAGUACUACCUGGCCCGCAGGAGGAGGGCGGAGGAUGACGAUGAGGAGAGGGCGCCUCGUCGUAGAAGCUACAGUGGGGCCAUGACAAUUCCCCACCAUGUGCGGCCUGUAGAGGAAAUCACAGACAGCGAGCUGAACAACAUCUGUUAUAAUGUCCGUGAAAAAGUGUAUAACAGGGUUUCGGUAAGUGUCGUUUUGAGCCUGUUCUUUAAAUACCGUGAGAAUACACUGGAAGUGAAUGUGAUUCUAAUUUUGAGCGAAUGUCCGUUACAGACCUGGUUUUGCCCUCCUUGCCGAGGAAUCUGUAACUGCAGUUUCUGCCGACAGCGAGAAGGGCGAUGUGCCACUGGAGUGCUCGUCUACUUGGCAAAAUACCACGGCUAUGACAAUGUGCAUGCCUACUUGAAAAGCCUUAAACAAGAACUGGAGGCGAAGGAAAACUGAACAGUGGCAGCUGCAGUCUGGCUCUGGAAAGUGUCUCCCUGGAGUUUUAAUUCUGUUGGGGAUUUGGCAGAUUUCACCUUGGAAGUAAAUGGUCUGGAAAUGCUAAGACCCAUUUACAGCGUAAAACUGCCAUUGCUUUGGAGUACAGGUGCAAUUUGGAUUGUGUGAUUGGCAUCCUUCCUAGUCUCUGUAAAAUGUGAUGCACUAUUUUGGUGCCUAAAAUGUUGAACAGUAAAAGUGUAUAGCUGUAAGAAACAUGAAUGUUUGUAAGGCUGGUGCCAUAUUACCACUCAGUGGUAUUGGUCAGGUGAUGGUACAGACCAUGGAAAAGCAGUAGCCAACAGAUCCCCCUGGUUGCCAAUAUUUGCUAAUGAAAAGAACCAAAAUUAACCCCAAUUAAACCCAAGUCUUAAGUGACUUAAUGUUAUUUCAUGGAAGACCUGUAUCUCCCUAUGUGCUCUGAUGAACAAACCAUCCUAUCUGAUUCUGAAUAUUGAUUGUAAUAAAAUUGCUAUGCAGUGUCCAUUGUUAGAUUACAUUGUUCUAAAUGUAUAAAGUUCUUUUUACUGAUCAGCUGUGAGAUUUCGGCAUGGCAUUUUUUUAGAUUGUAUAAAUCUCUUAUGUGACUUACAACAGAUUACAAGAAAUGACGACCAAACUUUUGUUAGGAUGCGCUUUAAAGUGUCUCUGUUCUUGAUUUAUCAGAUUCUUGGGUAAACCAGAUAUUUCAAAAGGGCUCACUUAUCAUUUUCAAGCCUGUUUCAUACUCUUUACCUGUUAAAAUUGCGCUAAAUGUUGUUUUUUAUUAAAUAAAGCCAAAUUGAAGUUGGCUGGCACAGAGAUGAUUCCAGUGACUAUCCUCCUCACCUUUUCAUUUCUGUCACCUGUGAAAUACAGUUUCCUGUUGCUCAUGGUUUCUGCUAGUUUUGAAAAGUUAAAAUACAAGUAAUAGAAGGCAAAAAAGUGUUGAACUUCAAUAUUUUUAAUCAUUCACGCGACUCAACACCUAGCUUCUUAUAAAUCAGAAUUUAAUUAUUUUCAAGCCUGUUUCAUACUCUGUUAAAAUUGUUGUGCUCUGUUUUCAAAAAUAAAGCAACGCCUUGCUUAAUGUA